AGCACCGACCACUUGGAUUAUUGUUAAACUUGAGCCGCGACUUACUUGACGCUUCACUACAAACGCUUCGAAGGUGGACCGUAGACUUGAUGAAGUAAGAGGCAAGAUCAAUAAAUUGUAAAUAAGAUAUGGAAGAGAAGUUGAAGAAGAGUCCAACGUAAUUUCUCGAUUAAAAACCUCGGGUUUUCUAACUGGUUGGUGCGCGAGUGUGCAAAGUGAAUCUCUAUCACUGACAGAUAGAUAAAUCAGUUCACGCGCAUCAUGUAUGUACAUCUGCGAUAGGAGUCACGGAUGUACGACAAGUGGUCCGAUCCUCUAGUGUCAUUCAAACACGCCAAGUUUAAUAGUCGCGUCUGUGAAUUACCUCGAAACGUGAAAUUUUACAAUCUGUUCUUGGCAGCGCAUCGUACCGAUAAGGAUCGCGAGGAAAUACCGCGGGGAAGUAUGGGGGAUUUACGCGUUAUGUGGCGACGAUCCGCCGUCCACCCGGAGCCACCGGAGGAGAUACUGCGACCACCUGUGUUCCUGCCCGAAAAGCUGUUGACGAGUCCCGGCCCCACGAACUGCUCGGACCGGGUUCUCCGUUCUCUCGGCCAGCAAAUGAUCGGUCACUUUCAUUCGGAGAUGUGCCAGUUAUUGGACGACAUCAAAGCGGGCGUGCAGUACGCCUUUCAAACCCGGAACAGGCUCACCCUGGCGCUAAGUACGUCCGGUCACGGCGGCAUAGAGGCCUGCUUGGACAAUUUGCUCGAGCCGGGCGAAACAGUGCUGAUCGCCAAGUGCGGCUUUUGGGGCGAACGCGCGGUCGACAUAGCUGAUCGCAUUGGCGCAAAUAUAAAGCUUCUAGAAACGGCGCUUGGCGUGCCGUUCGAUCACGCCGCCCUGAAGGAGGCCCUCGAGAAACACCAACCGGCGGUCGUGUUCGUGACACACGGGGAAUCGUCGACGGGUAUGAGGCAACCACUGGAGGGCGUCGGCGAGUUGGUUCACAAAUAUGGGGCCCUAUUGAUUGUCGACGCGGUUACGUCCGUAGGCGGGGAGCCGUUCUUCAUGGACGCCUGGGAAGUGGACGCAACCUUCACCGGCAGUCAGAAGGCCCUCGGCGCGCCUCCAGGAUUGACGCCCGUCUCCUUCAGUCCGCGCGCAGAGACAAAGAUAUUUCGGAGAACAACGCGACCCGCUUACUACUGGGACCUGAAAGUCCUCGGUGACUAUUGGGAUUGUUUCGGCGCAUCGCGACGAGUGUAUCAUCACACGAUAAGCCCCACGUUGGUGUACGGCCUGAGGACCGCCCUGAUGCAACUCGCGGAGGAGGGACUCCCGGCUUCCUGGGCGAGGCACGCGGCGGCGGCCCUCAAAUUCAGGGAGGGCCUCCGAGAAAUGGGACUGCAAUGUUACGUUGAGGAUCCGCGGUAUCGAAUGACGACCGUUACCUCGAUAAAGCUUCCACUCGGUAUCAACAGCGACGUCUUGAUCGAACGAGCCAUGAAAAAGUACAGCGUUGAGAUCAGCCGUGGUUUGGGACCAACAGUUGGUAAAGUUUUACGUGUCGGUCUGAUGGGGAUCAACGCGCAAACGGACAUUGUUCACCGUGUACUUUCCGCCCUCCACGAUGGAUUGCAAUGCGCGUUGAAGGCAAAAAUGUAAACGUGAACUUAUUAUCGAUAGGUAGACCACGUUAAAGCUAAAUAUGAAUGUAGUUAUGUCAUGUAGUGUUUGGAGAUUGUAAAACUCUUAUUUAAUUACAAUAGUAAUAAUAAUUAUAGUACACAACAGUAAUAAUAAUAAUCGAUAUUUAAUUAAUAAAUCGUUUUGGCACAGUACAGAGUAGCAUCGAUCUCCAUUCUCUACAAAACUAUCGAAGUGCGUCGUACGUGCGACUCUCAGCAGCCUACCUCGUCGCAAAUAGAUACAAAAGAUUUAUUCAAUUAAAAAUUAUAUCGCGUUGUAUAAAAAAAAAAAAGAAGUAGUAGUUCCGGUCGCCGUCCGCGCGGUCACGUUGGGUACACGAGAAGAAAAUAUCGCGAAAUCGUUACAUCUCAGCGAAAGAGGCGCACGGACGUCGCGCUCGAAUUGUGCGCUUUUGCGGUUUUGCGCGCGGGAGCGAGAUACACGAAUUCGUUUCUCCUCGCCCGCGCGCGCGCGGCGAUAAUUUCACGUGUCGCAUCGUCGCCCCGGGCGGUGACGUCACACCUUGAAUUAACCGUGCCGUUCUGUAUUUCGCAUCGCCGCGACAAUUGGCACGGUUUCGCGGUGCGCGCGAUCCGAGAACACAUCCUCGCCCCUUCAUCUCUCCCGCCUCCCCCCCCGCCAGGCUUCACGCAACGCGAACAACGGCAACCCUCUCUCCCACGUCCAAGUAACGCCACGUAAUACGCCUUUGUUUCUCUUUUGUCGGUUUUAACAAAAUGACAACAAAGAAUCCCAGCUUCUUUACACAUAUUUCUAUCCCCGGCGACACAGACGCGAGGCGUUACGAAAAACCGCGUCGAUCAUCAACCGCAUUUUUUUUUUUUUUUAAUUAUAAUAAAAACAGCGUGUACAUACACGUGAGGCGAGUCGGUACAAGAGCACGUCACUUACCUAAUAAUUAAUGUUAACUCGUUUAAUAUCAAGACCGAUAACUUGCGCAUGGAAAGCGGAGGGAGGAGGGGAGGGAUGACUUUAAAUAAAUCGUGACAGUAGCAGGUCCGCGAUAAACGCGCAACAAGGGAAAGGACAGGGGGGGAGGGGGAGAGGGAGGGAAAGUUCUAGGGGUAGCGCUAAAAGUUACGUAGCAACGUAUAAAUAAUUAAUAAUAAUAAUUACCGGUGUGUAUAAUGCUGACGCGCGUCGCCGCGGAGUAAGUAAUCCAAUUCCAGCCGCCCAGCUGUAUUUACGCGCUUAUAUUUACAAAACGUUCUCGUGUGUACGCGGCCCCGCAGGAGGCGACGUCGACGUCAGCUGACUACGUAUAUGUAUUCGAGAGUGUAAGGCACCUACGGUAAACUACGGUGAAUCAACGCCUUCCGCACGCGCGCGACGUCGAAUAAUAACAUUUCAUCAUGACGUUGAAAUAGCGAGCGAAGUCUGCCGCAACAAUUGAGCUUAAAUCGAACGGGGUAUCCUUGGGUGGCCUUUAAGUUCUCACGAAUUACAAUCGUACAGGUUUUCUCUCGUUGGCUCUUGCGUUUGGCCGUUACAUUUAGAUUACGCCGCUCCGGAGACGAUACUCUCGGUUCACCAUGUCACGUUCGCCGCACAUUCGUCGCGGCAAGGGUGACUUCGACUAAAGUCCGAUUAACCUUAUCGGUAAGCAAAUAAGCACGUUAUUAUUAUUAUUAUUAUUUUGUCUACAGUGGAUAGGAUUAAUUUUUGCGUAGGAAAGGUUAGAGACAAGAGAUUAGAGACAACAAACUAUUGCCGCGAGUAAUCUUACCGAUUGAAAUCGAUCGAAGUUUGAGGUCGAAGUCUCUCGCCCUUGUCACGUCGCUUCUCUCUCUUCGCGAGUAUAAAUGAGAUUUUUAAUUCACCGAUUGAUCAAUCAUUAUGAAGCAAAGUUGCAUUUGCGCAUGUGACACUACUGAUCGGUCGACGGAAUUAAAAAAGCUCACCUUAUCUCGUCAUUCAGUUUCGCUUUUGCGCAUACUUCCCAGUAUUUAUGUAUAAAACAGAGUUACACAGAAGAAUACGAUUAAAUAAGUAUAUGGCAAAUCUUCCGUACCGGUUUCGUUGAAGCUAACGCUUGAAAAGGUUUUCGGAUGGUCAAUUUCCGAUCUGACGAAGAAUAACGAAAAAAUUCCGAAUUGAUCAAGGAAAUGUUUGUAGUUGGACAAAUGUUUUAAAUUCCAUUGAUCGACGCGAUCACAUAUGUUACGUUACCCUCGAACGUUUAAAUAAACUUCGUUUAGGAUCCGGUACGGUCCGAUUCAAAGGGA